CGGACCAGUCGCGUCGCGUCGUCGCUACUGAGUGCUCGUUGCGUUUUUUCCGUCGCACUAUCAUGGCAGAUCCCGAUGUGAUAUCAAACUUUAGUCCCUUAACACUUAUUGAAGAAGUUAAAAAGCGACCAGGGUUAUACGAACCGGACCAUCCUAGAGAUCGUCUAGAAAGACUAAAGUUAUGGAAGGAAGUCGGAGCUGCUUUAUUUCCUAAUUGGGACACUUUCAACAAAGCGACUAUGUAUCAUGCAGUCCUACAGAUUCAAAGGAAAUGGCGGUCGCUUCGAGAUGCGUACAACAGAGAACUCAGGUCCCGUCGCUCAGGAGUUAGGGUGCACCGACGUGUGUACAUAUACUUCAAGAAGAUGACCUUUCUCGGAGGAUUUGAUGGUUCCCUUAGUGACGAUGACAAUAUACCAAAUGAAACCGCAACAGACAAAGAUCCGUUCACUGAGACCUUUAGUCCAUUGAGUCGAGAAUCAAGAAAGAGGAAGAAGAAGGCACCAAUCUCUAAUUCUGAUGAAAGCGAGGCUCCCGACGAGUUCGAAAUGCCUGUCUUCAACAACGUGGAAGUGCCUAACGAUGUAGAGUCGGAUGCUGAUAAAUUAUUUUUAUUAUCAUUUGUGCCUGAAAUGAGACAAUUGCCUUCGAAUAUUAAAAUGUGGACACGUGCUCAGAUAGCUAAUAUAAUGCAGGAAGCUGUCUCUUGUCACUACAGUAACCUGACUCCUGGGACAUCAGGGGAGAGAAGUGUGACAGAUGUCAAACCACAGAGGAAUGACAAUGUUGAAUGAUGGUUGAUUAUUUAACAGUAGGGUUUCACUGUUAAAAGUUAUCGUA